GGGAGGCGGAGCGGAAGCUGAGUGCGAGGGACUAGCGGAGUGGGAUCACCGCAGGCUGGGGACCAACCUCGUCCUGACUUCCAACCCCCGGCCUGUCUCCAUCUCGACCUGGAGGCUGCUGCGCGAGUGCGGGACGCCGCUGACACCCGCUAACCGGCUUUCGCCUCGCCGUCCCGACUCAGGAGCCCAGUGGCGGCGGCGACCGUAACGAGAAGCCCAGAGGCAAGCUCAGUUCUGUUCUACUUUGGGAGAGAGAGAAAGUCAAAUGCCCCUUUUUAACUCCUUCGGAGCUCAUCUCCUGGGUGACUGAGUUAAUAGAGUGGAGGCAACCUUGCUGAAGAUGGAGAAUAUAAAAUAUUAAAGGAGACUUUUUUUUCUUUUUUCCUCAAAGUCUUGAUUGUUUGGUGGCUUGUCUCCAGUUACCACUUUUUAAUCAAAUCUGUUUGCCUCAUCAGAAAUGUUUUUUACAAUCUCAAGAAAAAAUAUGUCCCAGAAAUUGAGUUUACUGUUGCUUGUAUUUGGACUCAUUUGGGGAUUGAUGUUACUUCACUAUACUUUUCAGCAACCAAGACAUCAAAGCAGUGUCAAGUUACGUGAACAAAUACUAGAUUUAAGCAAAAGAUAUGUUAAAGCUCUAGCAGAGGAAAAUAAGAACACGGUGGAUGUCGAGAAUGGUGCUUCUAUGGCAGGAUAUGCGGAUCUAAAAAGAACAAUUGCUGUCCUUUUGGAUGACAUUUUGCAACGCUUGGGAAAGCUGGAGAACAAAGUUGACUACAUUGUUGUGAAUGGCUCAGCAACCAACACUACCAAUGGUACUAGUGGGAAUUUGGUGCCAGUCACCACAAAUAAAAGGAUAAAUGUGUCAGGCAGCAUUAGAUAGCAGUUGAAGAUCACCUUGUGCUGCUGCAUCCACUGUGGAUCAUAUCCUAUGGCAGAAAAGCUUUUUAAUCACUGGCUAGGAGAGAGUAAUAUUUUACAAUAAAAGCUCUACAUGUUUUCAAGGAGUGUGCAGGAUUCAUGGAACUCUUAUUCUGUAUAUACAAGUUUAAAAGUCAUUAGUUUGCUUUCAGGCAAGUCUCUUCAAUGCUGUACUAUAUCCUGAAAGGGAAUUUGUUAACAUGGUUGAUGUAGUAAGCAGGUAGGUGAUCUUUGUAUAAAUCUUUUGUGUUUGAGAUCAAGCUGAAGCGAAAGCACUGAAAGAUAUGGAUUCGUUUCUAUAAAAUAUUUAUUUAAGUAUAUAACAUGUAUUUCAGACAAGUGGAGGAUAUUGUUAUUGAAUCAUUUUGUCUUUGGUUCUCAAUAGAUAUAACUGGUAGACUAAGGCUAUUAGAAAAUGUGCUUACUUCCAGUACUAUAUUUUGUUACUCAGAUUAUGAACAGAGGAAGGAAGUAUAAUGUUGAAAAUAAUGUUUUGAAAUCAUGACCCAAAGAAUGUCUUCAUUUGCACUAUCCUUCAAAUCACUGAAGUUUGAUUAUUGUAUAUUUAAAAAAAAUUAAAUUUGUAAGAGUAUAAUCUUGAAAUGGGUAGCAGUCACUGUGCAUAACUUAUUCUAAACAUUGGGACAAUUUAAUAACAACAUUAAAAUAGUAAUCUCUAAUGUGAGACUUAAAAUUUUCUUACAUAUAUUCUGAAGAAUAAAAGAUAUUUUUAUGAUGAGAUUAAAAGUAACUAAAGUAUUCAUGAUUUUUCACAUAGAUGAAUGUUAAUUUAAAUGUUUAACCCUUUGGUUGUCUGUGUCAUCAAGAAAGUAUAUUAUUUCCAUAUUUGGGUAAUUUUUCCUUUUAUUAUGUUAGUAGGGGUAGAGGGGUACAGGUGUUUAGGAGACAGGGACUCUUGAGGACUUCAGCCAGAUGUAUAUAAUAAAGGUACUUGUGCUGCAUUAAAUUGCUUGGAAAACAUUAAUGUUAUGUUAUAUAAGAAUAACGUGCUUUAUGAAAUUUUGGUUUUAUAUAACAGAUACAUUAGAUGUUCAUUUUAUAUAACGGCCACCUAAAAAUAAAGAACAUUUAAAAUAUCAUUUAAAUUAUGAAAAUUGACCAUCUUUUCAGGAAAACAGCUAUUGUAUAUAGCAGAAGAGAGCCUAAUCUUGGGUAAUUCUACUAUAGAGAAAAUUGCACCUUUAUUUUAAUUUCCCUUGUAGCAAAUCUAAUUGGCAUAUGGUGCCCUAUAUUUCAUAGUAUUUAUUCUCUAUAAUAACUGCUUAAGUGUAGCUAGCUUCUAGAUUUAGACUAUAUUGAAUUUAGUUUUGGAAUUGUAUUGUUCAUUAUUAUAAUAUGCUACCACAUGUAGUAGCAAUAAUUGUAAUAUUUUAUUAAAAUAUGUAUGAGAAAAUAUUGUUUCAUGAAAGACAGCUUUCCAAACUCUCUUCUCUGUACUCUACCUUUAUGUGAAGAAAUUCAUUAUAUAUCAUUGCCAGGUGAAGUUCAGAAUAAUUGUCUCUUAUUAGAUGUGGACAUUUUUGUUUUUUGUUUUUGUUUUCAGGGAUGAAAUAAAAUAUAUUAUUUGUACUUAGUGUUACAAGCUUUUUUCUUUAAUGGUCGUUAUGCAUUUAAUAAAUGGUAAAUGAUUGAAAGGAA